CUCACCCAGCUAAGGUAACCAGACUGAUUGCAUAGACUUCAGACAACCAUGUGAAGGGGAAUCCAGUGUCAGAGAAGAGGCCACAAUUCGAUCACCAUGGUGGAUGUGAAGUGUCUGAGUGACUAUGAAUUGGACAAGCAUCUUAAGACGCUUGGGUUUGCACCUGGCCCCAUACUACCUUCCACCAGAAAAAUGUAUGAAAAGAAGCUAGUGCAAUUGCUGGCCUCACUUCCCUGUGAACCACCUGUCAUGAACAGACCCAGAAAACUGCACGGCUCUGAGGAUAGCAGCGAGGACAGUGAAGAUCCAGCCGUAAAUAUCAUUUUGAAAGGAAAUAUCAAAUUCUCAAAAAACAAAGGCAAGGAAGGCAAGAAGAGUCUUGAGGCUUCUACUAAUAAAGGAAGACUCUUAGACAUCUACUACCUGAGCCAGAAGCCUACAAAGAAAGUCAGGUAUGCUGCAAGACCAAGUCCGAGGAUCAAGCGUAGAUGUGUCUCCAAAGAAGACUACUACCAAUGCAACAAGAGGUCCAAGAGCAGCUUCCCAUACCAGAAUCCCAGGAACUACUCCCCGUGCCAGAGCCCCCGGAAUAACUUCCAAUGCCAGAGCCCCGAGAACAGUGUUCCAUGGAGCUUGAAGCUGGCCGUCCUUGGGAUUUUCUUCAUUGUGUUGUUUGUCUACAUAAUUGUGGAAAAGAAGCCACUCUUGGGUUAAACCCUUUAGGAGCAAAGCAUCUGCAGUGUCCCGACCUUUAAACAAGAACCAUAAAGCUGUGCAGAAGGGCCAUGGUUACAACCAAGCAACUUCUCCCCGACCUAUACUGGCUCUCCUGGCUGUUUCUGGGUUCGGCCAGGUGGAAGAGCAAGGGCAGAACCAGGCAGCAUGGUGGUGCAUGAUGGUCUGUAAGCCAAGUAAGCCAUCAUUAAACGUGCUAAUACAUCAGAACACUCUUCUAUCAGGGAAACUGCCUGGGCCUCCCGCCCUCCGCCCUCCUUCCAGUUUCCUCCGGUCCCCUUUUUUCCCCAGCUGAAAAGGCUUCACAUUCUUAUGACUGAGACCACUUGCAUACUACAGAGCAUAGAAACAAGGAGAAAAUUAUGUUCUUAAUAAAAUAUGUCCAAGUGUUCAGGUAGUGGUGA